CUCUCUCUUCUGCAUUUCUGAAGAUCGUCAAAAAGUCAAUCCGCGCAAAUAAUUCUGGAAUUUUGUGUAUCCCAUUCAGUCUGAAUUACAUAUUUUUCUCUCCGAUUAUCUUUCCUUCUAUAUCCUUGAAACUUAUGUCCGGAUGGGGCUCAAUUAGAUUCCGUAAUCUCUUUGUAGAUUUGCCUUGUUUCUUAUAUAAAAAAAUAGAGGAAAGAAACAUCACUGUUUAGGGUUUAUUUCUUCUCAUAUCAACCCAGUUGCGAUUUCCUCUCCAGGGAGAGGGCAGUUCUCCUGGAGUGGUGAUCUAACUUCUCUGCUAGCUAAAUGCUUUAACUUUAGGAGGACUGCCGUGACCCAUUAUUUUUUUCAGAGAUUUUUGAUAUUUAUGUGAAGGAAGCAACAUUAUUUUGUAUCUUUAACGUAUAGAAUCAAGAAUGGAUUUGAAAUGUAGACCUGUUCUCUUCGUAGUUAUCUUGUCUUUGUUGUGUCUUGCGAUUUCAUAUGGUUAUGUUGCAGCAGAACCAGUAAAAGUAAAUCCACCUGGUUUUAGAGCUUCUCCAUUGAUUAAUGGAGGGGGUAAUGUGAUUGAUAAUUCUGUUGAAUCCAAUAAUGGACAGAAUGGGAAGAGAGAUGUACAUGAAAGAGUUCCAGUUUCGACGGUUGCACUCCUUACUUUGGCAAUGGCUGCUGCGACUGGUUUAGGUUCUGUGCCAUUUUUCUUUCUAGAACUUGAUCCCCAGUGGGCAGGGAUAUGUAAUGGAAUGGCAGCUGGUGUGAUGUUGGCAGCCAGCUUUGAUCUCGUACAGGAAGGUCAAGAACAUGGUAGUGGUAGUUGGGUUGUAAUUGGAAUUUUGUCUGGUGGAAUCUUUAUUUGGCUCUGUAAGAAGAUUCUAGAACAAUAUGGAGAAGUUAGUAUGCUGGACAUAAAAGGUGCAGAUGCAGCUAGAGCCAUCCUUGUAGUGGGGAUAAUGACCCUGCACUCGUUUGGUGAAGGCGCUGGUGUUGGGGUGUCUUUUGCUGGGUCAAAAGGUCUUUCACAGGGCAUAUUGGUAACUUUGGCUAUUGCUGUACAUAAUAUACCCGAGGGCUUAGCUGUGAGUAUGGUUCUUGCUUCAAGAGGGGUUUCUCCUCAAAAUGCUAUGUUGUGGAGCAUAAUUACUUCACUUCCACAGCCAAUUGUAGCGGUUCCUUCAUAUAUAUGUGCGGAUGCAUUUAACAAGUUCCUGCCUUUUUGUACUGGAUUUGCUGCUGGGUGUAUGAUUUGGAUAGUCAUUGCUGAAGUUCUUCCAGAUGGAUUCAAGGAUGCUUCUCCAUCUCAUGUUGCAUCUGCAGCUACACUUUCAGUAGCUUUUAUGGAAGCUCUUGGUGUUGCAUUCCAAAAUCUUACCGAUAACUACGAUUCAGAAAACGUAUCCGGUUUCUUGGUAUCUCUCCUAUUCGGACUAGGCCCUCUACUCGGUGGCAUUGUUCUCGUAUCCUUCGCACUCUCAUUACGUCUCAAACACGCCCUCCUCUCCGGCAUAGCUGCAGGCAUCGCUUUCGUUCUUGCCACCUGGCGUCCCUUACAACUAAUUCUAUCUUCCAAAAUGGAAUUCAUCCCCGUUAUCCUCCUACUAUCAUCCGGAUUCUCAUUCGUCCACAUAUCCAUAUCAAAAGCCUCGAAACUAGUGAAUCGCAAAACCAACUCCUCUCACAACCUAUCAACCUUCCCCGGCUUCUUCUCGCUCAGCGCACUCACACUCCAAUCAUUCUUAUCAUGUGGAGCAAUCGCUCUUCACGCUCUAGCCGAGGGUCUCGCAUUAGGAGUGGCUGCGCCCAAAGCCUACGGGCUAGGGCGACACAUGGUCCUUCCUGUUUCUCUCCACGGGCUCCCAAGAGGAGCAGCGGUUGCCAGCUGUAUAUUUGGGGCGACCGACAGCUGGCAUGGGUCGCUCGCUGCUGCGGCCUUGAUUGGGUUCGUGGGGCCUGUUUCGGCUAUAGGGGCAAUGCUCGCAGGGAUUGAUUAUAGCGGACUUGAUCAUUUAAUGGUGUUUGCUUGUGGAGGAUUGUUGCCUUGUUUUGGGAGUAUUGUUAGGAGGGCGGUGAAGUUAGAUGCGGGGAAGAGCGCGUUUGGGAUUUUUGUUGGGAUGGUUUCGGCUGUGGUUUGUUUGACGGGUACUAAGCUCGUGUGUUUGCAUACGCCUUAUUGUAAUUCGGCGCCGGAGGCUGUGAGAUAGGAAGAAGGAUGUAGAUAGAAAAGAUUAAUGCUGGUUAUCAAUUGAUGAAGAUUGAUUGUAGAUAUAGAGUGAAGCAAACAAGGGAUAAUAAUUUCUGGAUUUAUUUUUGGUAACUUUUUUUUGGUUUGAAAUUUUAAACUGUAUUACUAAUACUACUACUGAUGUUUUUGUUAUUCUUUGAUAUAAUGUAAUAUGGAUGGAGGCUGAUAUAUGGUUUGAAUUUGAAGUUUGAUGAGAAGAAGAUGACAAUAAA